AUGAAAAGAGACUGGAGCGAGCUCAAUUUUUGGCAGCGGUUUAUCCCAUUGCACCGUGGCAAGAUGGCAGACAAGAUGGAGGAGUUUGUUGUUGCAGGGGAAAAAUAUGGAUCGGGAAAUCUGGAGAGGAAAUAUAGGUUCUCAGCGGAAAAUGGAAACUUAGAAAGGAUAGGAAGGAAGAGGGAAACUGUAGCUACUUCUGUAAAGCAAUUCUUUAAGGUAACUUUCUAUGGCAUGCAUGAGUGCUCACUGUACUAAUUUCCAGCUUUGAAGUAGGGCGACUUCCCCCUCCCCACCCCUUCUCUUCUGAUUUUGAGAGUACUCAUUCACCCAAUUAGUUGAAUCUUUCUCUCUCAAGACUGUUAGUUGGAGUGCACAUGUUGCCUAAAGAGCCGAGUUGUUGAAAGGUUUAUUAGUGAAAAUCCAGAUUCACUUACCAUGAUAUGGGGGUGGGGGAUUCUUUAGGAAUUUGGUGGGUUAAGGGUGCGUCGUUGGGACCCUAGAUCCCUUAGCCUAUACCAGAUCUAGGUCAGCUGAAUUUUGCUACACUAUACUAGACCUAUACUCUAUACAGGGGUGACAUAUAUCUGCAUCUUUUGCAGUCUGCUUUCCUUCCACAAGGCUACCCUGAGAGUGUCAGCAAAGACUACUUAGAAUAUCAAGUAUGGGACACUAUUCAGGUAAGUUACACUAUGAAUAGGGUCCUCAGUAGCCUUUUGGGAUCCUGGAUUUGCCCUAUUUGAAAGUGGGGGUUUGGAUAUUAAAGCAAAAAUGGGGGCAAGAUAUGUCAUUGAAAGUACGCACAGCAUGUGGGUUGCUGAAAAGAGCAAUCAGGAUCAUGCGAUUGAGCAAAAAUUUGAGUCAGGAUGACGGGAUUGAAGAACCUCAUUGGGGACCCACUAUGAUUGAGCAGUUGCCUGCCAAGUGCAGAGAGUAACCAUGACAACCCUAUCCAUAACAGGAUUACCCCCCACCCCCGUCCUCCCCAGCAGUAUGUUGCACCUUAAGGCAGAGCUGAGAGAGACAAAAAGGAACACUCUAAGGUGUUAACUGGCUGACAGUGCUUCAACCAAGACCUUGAGAUCUGAAAUUCAAUUUGUUAGCCAUUAGAUCACCAUAAUAUUGUUGUGACCACUGGCAAAAAUGGUUAUCAUUUAUUUAUCUGAGGAGAGAUAGACAGGGAGAAAAGAGCUUACAUUGUGUAGCAAGUAGAGCAAAAUGGCUGACAUUAUAAGGAGAGCUGUAGCUGCAAUUCCAAAUGACUAAAGCAGAUUACAGUAUGAAACUGCUGACCAUUAAUGUCUUGAGUUUAAAUAUGCUAAAUGGCAUAGCCACAAGUGUCUCCACCCACCCCUCUCCCCUUCUUAUCACUAGGCACCCUCCCAUGAUUACUGUCCAUUGAUCAGCAUUUAAUGGAGGGAGUCAUUGUUGUCUAUCGCUCUAUCCAGGCAUUCUGUUCAUCAAUAACUGGAACCCUUGCAACCCAAGCAAUGUUGAAAGGGUAUGGUGUUGGAGAUGAAAAAGCCACUGCCCUGGCAGCAACUAUGACAUGGAUCCUGAGAAGUGAGUUUUUAUCAGUUAUUGCAACAACACUUUGCAAAGAACUGCAAGCAAGCAACUGUGUAUAUAAGUCACAAGGUGCCCCUGCUAGAGGCAUUGGGCCACCCCUAGUAUAGCUGGGGAAACGGCUGACCAGCAUUGCUUUGAGGUUAACUUUGCCCAAAUUACAUUUAGCCACAUUUAAAUAGUGAGAUUUUAGAAACUUAGUUCAUUACAUAUGAGAUAAUGUCUUACUGAGUAUUGAGGUGCUUGUGACCAAUAACAGUCUUAAUGGCAUUCAGCUUUAAAAUUAAUAUAUAAAAUACCAACAGUGUUCACAAACUUCCAACCUAUUACUUGGGUAAAAAGCAUUUUAAAAUUAGUUUCCUUUGCCUUAUGAAUGUAUUGUUUUGUUUUAUAUUUAGGUGGCACUGGUAUGGUAGGAAGUAUUAUUUUUGCUUGGCUACAAGGGUAUGAACUUUUCCUAAGGUGUAGUUAAGUUGCUCUUUGUCAGAUAGUGUCAAAAGAGUAGGUCAAAUGCAAGGUGUGUGUAUUGUAAAGUCUCUGAGUGCAAUAAAGGUGCCGUUCAAGAGCGUGGAGCUAAAUGAGCUAGCGGCCAUUGGACUAGUGUGUUUUACUGCAAUUUUCCUAAUGGAGAACUAAAGCUUAAAUAAUUUGUUACCUUUCCUAAAGUCAAAAAAAGUAAAAGUAAAUAUGGGCUCCAUUUCUUCAGUUCAUCUUUUUUUGUGGCCAACAGAUAAGGUGUUACAGUACAUUGAUUUUUUCCUCUAAAAUUAAAAUUUAAUUAUGCAUUACUCAGUUAAAAUGUUUAUCGCUAACACAAGAGAAUCUAGUAGACUCUAUACAGCCUUUAAAUUUGCCUUUAAAUUCAUAAAACCUUGACACACCUUCGGGACCUUCAUUUUUUAAUUCCGUUGAUAAAGUUUGUAAAAAUUGUGCAAUUUUGUGAUUGCAAUUCAAAAAAGGUGGGCAGAUGACAAUCAUAUGGCAUAUCAGAAGGACAGAAUAAAUUUACUGAUUUAUCCUCAAUUAAUCCACUACAGUUCAAAGUAUUAGUAUUGUUAAUUCAAAUAUAAUUUUUAAUGCAGACAAUUUAAUUUAGUGUCACCAUUUUGGGAUCCGAUAAUGGGGAUCCGAUAACUUUCAAUAAUAAUGCAGAGCACCAUAGAUAAUUUGAUAACUGAAUACAGCUGAACCUCUCUACAACGACCGCCUUGGGGACAGAAGAAAAUAGACAUUGCAUGUUAAAAGGUAGCCGUUGUAGAGAGGUGGUCAUUAGCGGAGGUUCAACUGUAUAUUUGUACAAACUGUUCAUAUUAAGGACCAAGUUAACUCUAAAUAAAUACUGGAAACUUCUCUUUCUAAUGAUGUUGAAAUGAAUUCUUGAUGAAUCCAUUUUCAUGAAACAAAUAUUUAUUUUAAAAAUCUCUCUUGUUAAUUCUGUAACCUUUUAUCACCAUUAAAGUUUCGGACACAUGAGCAAACAUGAAAACCACAAACUACAGAUUAUGGUAAAUAAGUGGUUGAGUGUUGUCACACUGUAUUGGCUUAGACUUUCCAUGAUUAUUUUUAUUGCAAUAUGCUCUCUUGAAGGUGCUUUUGAUUAAAUUUGCCAUUAUUUUAUUUUUUAUCAUUAAGGUUGUUUGCUGAUAUUUUGAAUGAUGCAUCUAUACUUGUUGAGAUGUUAGCACCAUUGUUCAAAGCUUACUUCACCAUUUUGGCAUGCCUGUCUAGUAUAUCAAAGGUAUAUUUCAAAAUAUUAGUGGGAAUGUCUAACCCUGAUGAAAAAAAUCUCAUAUUUGUUGCUUGCUUAUUUUCAUCAAGGUAGCUUUUUCUUGGAUCUGGAAGAAAGAAGGUUUUAGUUAAUGGGAAAAAGUGUUAGAAUGUAGUACAAGCAUGCCUUUCAACAGGGCAAGCAAGGGCUCAGUAUUUUCUGUGUAUUUUAUAGUUGCCUUGUUGGAUUUUGAAAGCAGAGAAUAUAUGUAUUACUAUUAUAUUUUAUUGGGAUAUUGUGGAGAGACUACAGAGAGUGAUCAGUUAGGUAGGUAUAGGUCUGGAUGAGUGAAGAGGGGCAAUGGUGGGAGAGGGAAUAAAAAAGAAAAGACCAGCAUCAUUCUACCUGACCAAUGGAAGGUGUGGUCACCUAUUAUGGUUAAUGUGCUACACUUCUGAUCAAGGGAUCCAGGUUUGAGCCCUAGUCAAGAUAGCCUCCCCAGCAGACAUUCAAGGGAGUUCUUCAUGUGUUCCUGCCGGACGAACCCCCAAGAACGUUUGUGUUGGAGGCUAUAGUUCUGGUCAUUGUGUUGUGUUCUUGGGAGAGACACUUUAUACUCUUACAGAGCCUUACUCCACCUAGGUGUAUAAGUGGGUGCCAGCAAAUUAAAUUCUAGGGUAACCUUGCCAUGGCCUUGACUAACAUCCCAUCCAGGGAGGAGUGAAAAUAUCCCUAGUCGCCUCAUGCCAUGGAAAUAGGAUCAGCUCCAGCAUAAUGGGCCCCUUGCCUUGAAUGCAGGCUUAACAUUACCCUUUAUCAUCUCCAUGCAUGCCAACUUCCUUGCCCUAUUUCAGUCACAAACAUGACCCAAGUGAAUGCUAGUGUAUUUGAACCCCUAGAAAGUUUUUUUAAAUAGAAUUUUUCCUUAGAAGCAGCAGUUUACCAAAAUGCGGUAUUAUUAUUUUUCUUGAUCUUGGGGCAAUAAACAUUUGAAUUAUCAGUUCCAACGUAAAGGAAAACAGUUUUCAGACACCUAAUCCCCCUCUCCACUCUUAAAAUAUAGAACUCAUUGAUGCGGUAAAGUGAUAUUGCUCUCUUUCUCUUCGUGGGUUUACCAGUCCAUAGUGGGUGUGGCAGGAGGGGCCACAAGAGCUGCCAUGACACAGCACCAGGCCAGGAGGGACAAUAUGGCUGAUGUGGCUGCAAAAGAUGGAAGUCAGGUGAGAUGUGUUAUGUUUUUAACUAAAGGUACAUGAUGGCUAUGUUUUGGUUUUAUUUUAUCUUUACUUAAAAUAAAUAGAUUAAAAUAAUAAAAAAAGUAUUUAUCUUCCUCUGUUUCAAAUUCAUUGCCCAUUGGGGGGGGGGUUACUCCCUAUUAUGUAAUGGCCUAUAUGGGGAGGCUCCGAAGCUUAGGAUAGGAAUUUCACCAGUUUUCAAGAGGUUCAGGUAUAUGAAGAGUCUGUAAAAGAACCUAAAAGGCCUAACAGACGCAUUUUGUUGCUGUGAAAGGUCAAGAAAAAUUCAUGGUUUAGUACAGCAGUUAAUAGGGAUGCAGCGUUAUAAACUAGGUAUAUAUGUGAAAGGGGUGCCAUUUGUCUAAAGAAGGUAUAUGAAACAUGGUGCCUUUUCUACCAAACUGGUGUGUAAAAGGGUAAGGGGUUGGACCUUAAGGGCGGAGCCUUCCUGAAUAAGUUUGUUGGGUAGCCCCACCUCCACCCCAGAAUCAUUAUUGCGCAUUGCUAUACCCAAUGGAACUGAAGUGAUGUUUGCCAUUGAGAAUGCAAUGGGCUACGGAAGUAGAUAAACUUUGUAUUUAAAAGGAUUGUAAAUUGCUGAAUCUUUAGUGACAUCCGUGACUUAUUGCAAGAUAGACAGAUUUUUCUAGUCAAAGGAUCAAGGAAAACAUUUUAAACUUUCUUUUCAAAGGAAACUUUGGUAAACUUGAUGGCUCUUAUUGCUGGUCUGGUAAUAACACCCCUGGUUUCGGGAAAUCCUCAGUGAGUAUACAUUACAAACGUGAUAAGUUACUUUAUUGACAUGAAUAUGAAACAUUUUUAUGGAACUCAAUGUGUGACAGCAAGUGAAAGCAUGGUGCAUUCUCAUUAUUAGUUACCAUAAUCAUAUAAUUUCCUUGAGAUCAGGUAGUUAACUAUUAUUUGUUUUGUGGCAGUUCACUUUUACCACUCAAAAAAUUUUUCAUUUCCUCACAGAAUAUACCUCAAUAUACAGAAAAGCAAUUUUACAAAAUAAACAUCUUUGACCGCAUUUUCAAAGGAUGUCUCUGAGCACCUUGUUCUGUAUUCCAAUAGCCUGCGUCGCAGAUGUAAACAAACCCCGGCAGGCUAGUAUUCCAACAAAGUAAAUGUUCCGAGCCAUGUAUUCUAUCCUUCUUAUCUACAAUCGCCGACAAAAUGAGUUGAGACACUUUGCCCAAAACUGGGCUUUUUUAUGUUUUAUUAACUUCAAAAGGAGGAAAUAUAGCUUUCCUCCCCCAUCCCCUCCGUGCAAUGUUGUGCCCUUGUUCUAGCUACCAAUAGAAACCAACAAACACCCCAACUUUGAAUGAAGGGGACAGGGGAGGGGUGCGGAUUCUUUUGUUCUCCGAAGUUACCCUAUUUAAGUAUAAUGUGUCAACACUUUUGUCGCCGAUUGUAGACCAUAAUUAUUAACUUGAUGUUGCAUUUUUUAAAACUUUGAUUUGAAUCAUGAUUAUGCUAUUUUAAUUCUUUCUUCACAGCCUAACAUGGUCAUUAUUUUUCAUCUUCACCUUCUUCCAUCUUUAUGCAAACUUCCGUGCUGUGUCAUCUGUCAUUAUGGAAACAGUUAACUUACCUCGUCUUCACUUACUUGUCACUGAGUUUUUGUCAACAGGCUGCAUUAUUACUCCAGAGGAAGUGGGCAGUAGAGAACCGGUCAUAUUUGGUAAGGUGUCUAUUUUGUUACUAAUGUUUUUGCCACCUUAAUUUUCAGUCAGUCUGAAACAGGGAGCAAAGAAAGUCAGUUUCAUGACUUGCCAUUUAGGCAAGCGGUAGCUACAAUCUGUGACAUUAGAACUUGGGUCAACUGAAUGAAUAACACUGACAUGUUGUGCAUGACCUCUCUUUCCUUUUGCUGUCAAUAGUGGCCUCGAACUUAACAAGCCCACCAAAAAACCCUUACAAUACAACAUUGGAAGAAAGCCAAGACAGGUAUCAAAACAGUGUGACCCAAGUUGAGUGUCCUUGAUUGUAGCAUGUACCAGCCCAAAAGUCAUUUCACCUAGCCCCCCAAACAAGUUUUUGAUGAGCAGUAUUGAGUACAGUUCUUCUGAAUUCCCCCAAAAACUUCACGUGGAUGUUGAGCAAGUUAAGAACAGAAUUCACCAGCCCAACAGCAAAAUCCACUAUCUGCAGGCUAUUUCACACUGAUUACUUUCUUCAGACACUGGUCUGAAGUGACUUGCUAAAGAGUUUAAGCCUGCAACGUGCCACUGUCUGAAAAUCCGACUAGAAAAUGGGCUUACUGUACACUUCAUCUUUGUCAGACAAACUUGAUGCCAUUGCUUCUAGUAUGGUGCAAUUUCAAAGACAUAAUUGUAUAUUCUUCCACUUUUGCAGGAUUUAAUACAGGAGAGUGUCUUAGAAUUCAUUUAGGAACAGAGUUUACUUCAGUAGUAAAAAGGUAAAGGUUUUUUGUUAUCAGCUUUUACAAUGUAGACUAUCAAUUCAAUUCAUACAAAACAAAUAUAAAGUAAUUGAUUUAGUAGCUAGAAUAGGUUAUCAAAUUUAUAGGACAGUUGAAGCACUCACAACUGCAAUGAAUGUGGGAAAAGGUUUGGUAUUGUAGUAAAUUUUAAGUCUAUAGGCAUGAGUUUUGGCACCUUACAUAUCUAGGAGAAAUAAAGGCCUGAAGAGCCUUUGGCUAAUUUAAGCUACACACUAACCCCUCCUCCCCCAGAAUUUCAAACCCCCCUCUGCAAGAGGGGUAUGGAAAUUUUCUGAAACUACUAAAUGAAAAGAAAUCAUGUUAACCACCAGCAUGAGAAUCAUAGCAGUACUUUGACAUUUUUUCUGACACUUGUAUACCCAGAAAAUACCAAUAUUAUUGUUUUAUAACGAAACUCUUGAGUAUGUAUUUGAUGGAACAGCAUGGGCUUGUCAUGGACUUGAAACAAAGUGACAAGGGAAUGGAGUAACUUAAUAUCUGAAAAGUAAAGUCUAUUGAAAUUUUAAUUUACAUUCUAUUUCAUUACAUCAUGGCUUAAAGGACAGAUGACCAAUAUCAUCGCGACUAGUUGACCACUCAAAUCAAUAACCAGAGUUUAAUACCAUCAACUUACAUGAUACAACUCACUUUGACUCUGAAGAUGACUGCUGCACAGGUUGUCAAAACGUCAGUUACUGUCAACAACGGUCCCAUUCAGGACUACGUUCACCCAGACAAUCAAACUCAACCUACUUAUGAAAUGACUCCUGGGUUCAAAUCUUUCACAAUUCUAUUUCAGUGUUAGCGAUUUUGAUGCAGCAUUGCCUAGUUCAAAGGAAAGUAGAUAUAUGAUUAAACUUACAUUACAUCAUGGACGGAAUUCAGGUAUGCAAUGACCUCAUGUUAAAUUCUUCUUUAAAUCAUGGUAGAUAUUUCCUUUUAAAUAUCAGUACAAUAUUUGGUUAACCAUUGAAGUUUCAAUUUUGAUAAGAAGCUAGAUAACAAUUAAAUGCUGAUGUAGUUUGCAGUAAAGUUGAAUCCCUCCUUAUUGACUGAAUGACUUACAGACUGUCUUAAAGACUGACUGACUGACCAAGUUACAAGCAUCUCUCUAUUACAAAAAGUUCACUUGUUCCCAAAGAGACAACAAUUCAUCAAUAUGGACACUACAGACUGUUCCUUUGAUUUGUAAUUUAUGGCUAUUUGACUGCACUCUACUCAACCUAAGCAUCGCAUGUCAUUCCACAAUUUUAAUGAUCUGCACUUCACAUUAUUGGAUUAACAUAUUGUCGGUAUUCGUACACUCAUUAUUUUUUAUGACAGAGGAUCUUCCACUGAAAUUCACUUUGAGGAGUUUAAUGACAUAGCAGAAUAGAUUAUAAUGCUUUUAUCAGGGGUGGAUCCAGGGCAGGUGGUUUGGGUGGGUGAGCCACCCUCACUCCUGCCCCCCUCCCCAAGCUUGUCCCUCCCCCAACUUAAACCCUAAUAUCUACAUACAAAUUUUCCUGACUGAUCUCCAUACAAUUCGUUUGGUGAUCGACUUACUUAUUCUCAUAAUCUUUUCUCUAGCCUGUGUACAGACCCUCCCCCCCCCCUUUCCCUCAGGAAAAAUCAGAGAAAGGGAGGGGAGUGGGGUCUAUACACAGGCUACCUUUUGUCUUGAUUAUGUAUUAAUAUUAAUAUUUCUGUCCUGUUAACAUAGGUCUAAUUCACAUAGUGCUACAUGAAGAUUCUACCGCGAUAGAUCACCUACAGAGUUGCUUCCAGGCUUGUGCAUUAGAUUUUGUGAUACGCACCCAGCCGAGCUUGAGAAAGGUAAUUACGUUAAUUGACGAGCUAAUGGAACGUUAAUGGACAGUGUCCAGUCACUGGUAUCCAUGACUUAGUUAGCCUGAGAAAACAGCCGAUAUUUGCGACGCCACCAAUGGUUUCUCCGCUCUGUGGAACGAGCGCAGAAAUUCAAUACUGAUGACGCGUCACUACCCAGCGAGCGGCACGACCAAUCAGAAGCACUUUAUACCCAGAUCUGUGUAGUGAACGUCAUCAGUAAGGAAUUUCUGCGCUCGUAUCUCAGACGUCAUGUUCGCGGGAAACCAGUGUUGGCGUCGUGAAUUGUCGUCUGAUUUCUCAAGCUAUGACUUAGUGAGAUUUAAAAAAACCUGAUUCACGUUAAAACGGAUGAAGAUCGACGAUUUUACACCAAACAUUAAUAGAACUACAGGACAGGCAUAUAGGGGAGGGAGAGAGCGGCGAAAUAAGGAAGAAAAUGAGCAUUUUACGUCCUCCCCUCUUUUUGCCUUUACCUACGUAGGCUAUCAAACGCAAGAUACAAUAUUUCAACUCAAUUGUUUUGAGUUUUGGACACUUGUGUUAAGAUCGAACGGAAUAAAUUGAGAUUCACUGUCAAUAUCAAUAAUUACUUUAAAAUGACUAACCGAUUGGACAUGAACGUACUGAUGAAAAAAAAAAUCUUUGUUUUGUUACUGAUUAUUGUUUUCCUCACCGGUAAAAACGAAAAAUCUCUAGUUGGGAUGGCUUUUUUGAAAACACCUUCUGUUGGUGUAAUUUUCAUCCGUGUCUUUGUAUGACGUUUAGCGAACCUACAAAGCAAGUCCAUUUAACCUUUGGUAAAUGAGAGAAUGAACACGCAGCUCGAUGGUUUCAAGUCUAUAGCUUACUAGGCGUGUUUCUCUAGAGCAAAACCAUGCUGGGCUUAACAGCUUGGUUUUAUAAAACCAACGAAAGUACAUAACUGAUUAGUAACUUGUAAAACAUUAUUGCGUUCCUAUUUUUCCUUUCGUAGGUUUUAACUGACUCAGAUGGCAGUCAAAGGGCACUUGAAGCUUUACAUAAUUUUUGGUGGCAAGGUAAGAUCAGAAAUCUCUUGCACCUCUUUACAACUGAAGAUAGCGGAAGGUUCAGACAUUUUGGACAGGGCCCCUCUCCCUAGGAUCCGCCAUUGAUAAGCCCCCAUAUAGGGUUUGCCGCCGAGGCCUUCAACCCCUGACCCUGUUUAAAACAAAAAUCGUAAGACAAGAGACCUAAUUUGAUGACCAUGAUUCAUUUCUGUGUUGGUAAUUGAGGAGUGGUUUUAGAGAAUAAAAAACUGAUACGAGCUACCUUAAGUGACACAACGUUCAUCUUUUUGUCUUACAGAAAGAAGUCAACCAAUUGACUGCUCAUGGGAUUUGGUAGCACUGGCUCAUAAUUUCACCCUUCAUGCUUUCCCAGCAUUCGUUCAGGGCCUUGAAGAAGCUGGCUGGGUAACCUCGCGAACACAUCUGGGUCCUGAUGAGUGGCGCGCUGUUUGGAAUGUUAAGGGACUGGAAAUUAAGAAAAGUAUUUAA